UUAGAGAAUCAUAGUACUUAGCAAUUUAUAUACUCUUUUUAAUCUCACCCUGUUUUGGGGGCAUGAUGAGGAUUCACUUGGCGAGAACUUGCCCUUGUCAAGAUAUCACAUCUGAAGAAAGGAAUGAGUGCAGAAUGUCGAAGGCCACUGGACAUUCAAGUCGAAACUGUUAUAAUAAUACAGAUUAUAAAAAAAAUUUGAAAAAGUAUUCCCAUGGAAAUACAACAUGCAAAGAUGAUUCACAUUUUAUUUCUUUGGUUUCAAUGCACAAAAGCUGCUGGUCAGCGUAUUGUGUGACCUUUCUAUUUAUUCUUACUGUGUACUUUACUUUGGCAUCAGCCGUCCCAUCGAAUCAACACACUAGAGGUCAGUUUGCCUCAAGUGGAUUUUCAAGACACAUUGCACAUUCAAGACGGGGCCAUCAAAAGCAACCUCGUACAUAUUUAAAUCAAUUUGCAGUUAAUUUAAUAAAUGGCGAUGAAGCAGUGGCAAUAGCACUUGCAAGAAAAUAUGGAUUUGUUUUCAAAGGGCAGAUUGGCACCUUGGAAGGCUGGUACUUAUUUGAAGACAAAAAAGUUCACAAGAGGUCUCUUAAAGUUCAUCACAAACCAUCAUCUUCUCACAGAUUAGAGAAUGACCCUCAUGUUUUCAUUGUUGAACAACAAGUUGUCCUCAAAAGAACAAAGAGAAGUAUCCCUAAUGAUCCGGCUUGGACGAAAAUGUGGUAUAUGCAUUGUGGUGGAGUAAAUAACAGUGUAUGCCCUACUAGCAUGAGAAUUUCUGAUGCUUGGAGGUCUGGUUAUCACGGAGAUGGCGUCGUGGUCACUAUAUUAGAUGAUGGUAUCGAAACAAAUCACCCAGAUUUAUGGCAAAAUUAUGAUGCUAAUGCAUCAUACGAUAUCAAUUCACUAGACAACGAUCCAAUGCCACGAUAUGAUCAUUCCAAUGAAAACAAACAUGGAACGAGAUGUGCUGGUGUUGUUGCUGCUGUAUCUGACAAUGGCAUAUGCAGUGUGGGUAUUGCUUCCAAAGCAAAAAUCGGAGGCAUAAGAAUGCUAGAUGGCGAAGUUACGGACAAUGUGGAAGCACAAUCUCUGGGAUACAAUCAUAACUAUAUUGACAUCUACAGUGCAUCGUGGGGACCAGAUGAUGAUGGAGUUACUAUAGAAGGACCUGGAUUUUUGGCCAUGGCUGCCUUCAAAGAAGGUGCUAGAAAGGGGCGUAAUGGGAAAGGCUCAAUAUUUGUUUGGGCGUCCGGCAACGGAGGGCACAACAAGGAUACAUGUUCUUGUGAUGGCUAUAUAAACAGCAUUUAUACAAUCGGUAUCAGUAGUGUAUCACAGAAUGGCAAAAGACCAUGGUAUUUGGAGAGUUGUGCUUCCACCUUGGCAACUACGUAUAGUAGUGGGGAGAUUGAUGAGGGAAAAAUUAUUACAACGGAUCUUCGGAGGCAAUGCACUUACGCUCACACUGGCACCUCUGCGUCUGCUCCGAUGGCUGCUGGCGUCAUCGCAUUAAUGCUUGACGCAAAUAAAAAUUUAACAUGGAGAGAUGUUCAACACAUUAUCGUACAAACUUCAAAUCCAUAUGGUUUACAAGCGCAUGACUGGGUGAUGAAUGGUGCGGGUUAUAAUGUGUCUCACGUAUUUGGCUUUGGCCUUAUGGAUGCUGCAAAGCUCACCCAUGUUUCAAAAAAUUGGACGACUGUUCCCGAACAGAAGCAAUGUCCAGUAUCACCCAUUGGGCGAAAUGAUGGCGUGCACUCGAUAAACAACAGUCAAACUCUUCAAUUGUCAGUGGAAACACGAGCAUGCCAUGGGAAGGCAAAUGAGAUCGAAUAUCUGGAACAUGUCGUUCUACGCAUAUCACUUUCUCAUGUCCGGCGAGGUGACUUACAAAUAUUUUUGACAUCACCAGCGGGGACGAGAUCCAAUAUUUUGGAACGAAGAAAUCUCGAUCGAUCAACUGUUGGUUUUGACGAGUGGAAUUUUAUGACAACCCAUCAUUGGGGUGAAAAUCCACAAGGUGUAUGGGUUCUAGAAAUAUUUGAUUCUUAUUACAGACACAGAGAUAAUAAUAUCAAAAACCAGCUUCUGAAAUGGCAAAUGGUGUUUUAUGGAACAAAGACACAUCCUCAACCAAACUUUUAUUAUAACAGUUGUGAUGCUUUUCCACAAGAUCAAUGUCAUCGAGAAUGUAAUGGUUGUUGUGGACCAACUGAACAAGAAUGCAGGGCAUGUAAGCAUGUUUCUACCUUUACCGGAACAUGUAUACCUGCUUGCCCACAUCAUCAAUUUCCUCAUCCAUACACAAGGAUUUGCCAGCCAUGCUGGAAAACAUGCAGGGAAUGUUCUGCAGCCUACGAAUAUAAUUGUACUGCAUGUGCCGAUGGUUUUGCUCUUUUUGAGGGUCGUUGUAUGAAGCAAUGUGCGAAAGGAUUCUUCUUGGAUCACGUUACCCAAAGAUGCUUAAUCUGUCAUGAAAGCUGUUUUACUUGUGAAGAAAGGAGGGAUAAGUGCACAUCAUGUCGUCCUGGUUUUGAGCAUCAAGGUUACUCUUGUGAGCCAUCUUGUCCUGCUGGUACUUUUUUAUUGUCGUACGAAUCUGGAUGUUCUUUUUGUCACCCGUCGUGUCUUGAAUGCACUGGUCAGUCUCAACAACAAUGCACUGCAUGUGGCGAUAAGAUGGUUUUGCACAAGAGACGUUGUAUCGAGUAUUGUCCGAAAAAGCACUAUAUAGAUGAGUCGAAAUCGAAACCUUCUUGUAAAUUAUGUCACCAGUCUUGUAAGUCUUGUGACGGUCCACUUUCUACCAAUUGUCUUUCAUGCAACGCAGACUAUGUAUUAUUGAAUGGGGAAUGUAGGAGAAUCUGUAGAGACGGCUAUGCUGGUAAUUACACAAGUUAUCCAUGCCUCCUGGUCAUACAAAUGAAAUGGUGCAGCGUCGAUAUUUUCCACACCCUAUGCUGUCACACAUGUACCCAGUACGAAAGCGGAGAAAUGUUCGUACCUACGCCCGAUUUUAAUUUCGGUGACGAAGAAUAUGACGACGAAGAAUAUGACGACGAAGAAUAUGAUGGAUACGAUUAUAGCGAAUAUGAUGAUGAAGACGACUCUGUUAUCCACGAUAAUGACCUCUUAGGUCAAUUUGAAGACGGCGAUAGUAGUAAAUUUGGCGGAGAAGACGAUGCGCACGAAGUACGUGUUAUUACCGAGGUACCAGAUGUUGAACCAGUUUUAGUUCAAUCCUCUGCAAGGAAUGGUAUUAAUAGACAAAUCUCAAGAGGUAGGAACAGGAAUGGAGAAGAUGCGACCCAUGAUCGAAUAUCUUUAACUAGUAAACGGCAGCGGAGACGGAAACUCCGUCAAGAUGAUUCCGAGUGAAAGAAAAAAAAUCAGUGUACUCUCGAAAAACAUUCUGUUCCACAGCAAAGUCGAAUGGAUUUUGCGGAAACAGGUUCUGGGGCUGGCAGUGUUGUGGAACAUGCUCUGGUGUUUAUUAAUUGUGAAAAUACCCUCAUUCUACCUUUUAUUUGAUCCCAUGGAUGAAUCCUUGCUGCUGAUGCCUGUUGAAUUUUGAGCUGGAACCAACUAUUAACGAUACAACACAAUGUUAAUUUUUAUUUUGGGGGUAUUUUCUCCUUUAGACUAUUCUCGUAUGUUAGCGGUUUUAAAUCAGCAUGACAGGGAGUUAUUAAAAAGGUCUUACUUUGAAUUUUAUCUUCAAAUGACUCGAUUUUUACGAAGCGCUGGCUGCUGAACUAUUUAUAAUCCACAUUUGAAGAGCCUAUUUCUAAAAUGCUACUAUCUAUAUGAUUUAUUUUAAGAUUCCCAUGGAGUCAAAAGUGAACUUUUAAUGGUGCUUUGUCGUGAACGCCUUCCUAUUCGAUUUAUUCACACACCAAAAUCAAUACCAGUAAUACUACCUUUUGGUGUAUGUGCCAGCCUCGUCAAAAUUAGCGCUUUUUAUGUAGUACUUUAGAAUGUUAUUCGCUGCUCUCAUGUUCUCGAUAUUUUUCUGCUUAUUUUUUUUAUCUACACGCUUGUAUGAAUUGUUGCACAAUUAUGAUUUUACACCUUACUGCUAUUUUUUGUGUCCUUUUUUACUAUAUUUCUGACAAAGCAGUGCCUAAGCGGCAAUUUUUUUAGUGAUUCUACUGGGAAUGUAAGAAAGCGACUUUUUAUAUCUUGAUUAUUAUCCGAAUUUUAACUUUGCGAUUCCUGGAAACGAAAUCGUACUUAUAUUAAUGUUACUAUGUGGGAAAAUUUACCGUCCUACCGCAACUUCUAAAAGUGGGGGGAUAUUGCAAUAUAAUCAGGCCUAAUGGUAUUAAAAUUAUUUUGUUAUUGUUGACUUGGAUAUUAAGUAACCCCAUUUUUGUUACUGCCUGUUUUGUCAGAUUUUUGUACAUAGAUUACACCAUUUAUAAAUAAAGUUUCGAGUCUAGCACUA